AUGGCUGUCUUAGUUACUGGUGCCAACGGGUUCAUUGCAAAAUAUAUCGUCCAUGAUUUGUUGAAUGAAGGUUACGACGUGAUAGGUGUUGUGAGAUCACAGGCCAAGGCGGAUAGCCUUGCCAAGCAAUUCGGUGGGAAUCCCCAUCUCGCCGUCGAAGUUGUUCACGAUAUAGCUGUAUUAGGUGCGUUUGAUUCGGUUUUCCACAAGCAUGGUAAAAAUAUCGAUAUCGUUUUGCACUGUGCAUCCCCACUUCCUUCUGAAGGCGAUGAUUAUGAGAAGACACAUAUGAUUCCAGCGGUCAAUGGUACAAUAGGUAUUUUGGAAGCAGUGAAAAAAUAUGCUGCACAAACGGUCAAGCAUGUGGUCAUAACUUCCUCCGUAGUGGCCGUCAUGGAUCCCGCAAAACGUACUGACUCCACUUGGAUACUUGAUGAGAAGAAUUGGUGUCCAUUAAGAAAGGAAGACAUAAAUGGUGAUUUUCAUGUUGCAUAUAUGGUGAGCAAGACGUAUGCGGAGAGGGCUGCCUGGGAAUUUUUGAAAAAUAACAGGGGCGAAGUUAAAUUUGAGCUAACUACGCUAUUGCCAACUUACGUGUUUGGUCCUCAAUUGUUUGAAGAGGAUGCAUUGGGAAGUCUAAAUUAUUCUAACGGACAAGUACAAGCGCUGAUUUGUUCUUCGCCUGGGGAAGAAUUGAAGCCUGACAUGAACGCACAUUUCGUGGAUGUUCGUGAUGUAGCUAAAGCUCAUCUGUUGGCAUUUCAAAAGGAAGAGGCUGCAGGAAAAAGGCUGAUAUUGACUAGUUGCAGGUAUACUUCACAGGAUGUGGUCAACAUUUUGAACGAGAAAUUUCCUCAAUUAAAAGGUAAGAUAUCAGAGGGUCCAAAUCCUGGUAAAUAUGAUGCGAGCUCAGUGGUUGGUGAACAUCACAAAGCUGAGGAAGUUUUGGGUAUUAAGUAUGCGGGCUUGGAAAAAUCCAUUUACGACACUGCGGCGCAGGUUCUGAAAGUAGAACUUAGGUUGUAA